ACACACACACACACACAUGUGAUAUUCGCCUCUCUAAUAUUAUUAUAUCAUCCCCGAUAAUUAUCUUCCGUAUAUCUCUGCCAUUACCUAAACAAUCACAACCUUAUCUUUAUGAAUCAUUAACCACGACUCUGUUCUGUUCCUCUCUGAUCUCUGACGAUCUGUAGCCAAAUAUAUGUGCGUACACCCACACACCUAUAAUUAAACUUUGUUACUUCAUUUAACGUUAGGUUGGUGCAGUAUCAAAUCAAAAAAUUAAUGGGUGGGUUAGGAUUUUAUCAACCUGCGAUGGCUAUGAUUGGCCUACAGUUCCAUUAUGCAGUUCUUGCCAUGUUCACUCGUGCAGCUCUCUUGCAUGGAAUGAACACCAGAGUCUUUGUUGUGUACAGGCAAGCCAUUGCCACUUUGGCAUUGGCUCCAUUUGCUUUAUCCUGCAAAAGCAGGAGAGAAUCUUUCAAGACUUCAUUGGGAUUGAGGAACUUGUCUUUGUUGUUUAUCACCUCUUUAAUUGGAGUAACAGCAAAUCAGAAUGCAUAUUUUGAAGGUUUACAUUUGUCAUCUUCUACAGUGACUACAGCCAUGAGUAAUCUAAUACCAGCAUUAACCUUCGUUCUUGCAACAAUUUUCGGGUUGGAGAAAAUAGAUGUAAGAAGCUUGAGAAGCUUAGCCAAAAUAGCAGGAACAGUAUUAUGUGUUGGUGGAGCCAUAACCAUGGCUUUGCUCAAAGGACAGAAACUGUUAAACAUGCAGUUUCUUCCUUCUAAGCAAGCCUUUGGCUUACAAGGUGACCAUUGGCUGCUUGGGUGUGCAUUUCUCUUGACAAGCAGUAUUACUUGGUCAUUUUGGAUGAUCAUGCAGGUACCGGUAUCUUCAAGUUGCCCAGACCAUGUGCUUUCAACUUUUUGGAUGUGUCUAAUGGCCGCAAUAGAGGCAGCCAUAUUUACUCUGGUUGUUGACAAAGAUUCCCAAGCAUGGAAUCUAAAUUCAACCUUAGAGUACUCAAGUUGCUUGUAUGCAGGAAUUGGAAUUGCUGUUAGUGUUUUCAUUCAAAGCUGGACAAUCUCAAAAAGAGGCCCUUUGUUUUGUGCAAUGUUCAACCCUUUAUGUACAGUCAUCACUGCCAUGGUUGCUGCUACUUUCCUACAUGAAGAAUUAUAUGUUGGAAGCUUGAUAGGAGCUCUAGCAGUGAUUAGUGGUUUGUACAUAGUGCUGUGGGGUAAGGCUGAGGAGGUUGAAGGGAUCAAGCAGGAGGCACAGCUGAACAGCACUGAUCAGAAUGAUCAGAUAAAUUGUAAAACAGAUUUGGAAGAAGCGCUUUUAUCACAUGUAUCAGAGAGCAAGAUCAUUCCAUGAUUACCACCACUGUGGUUAUAUUUUGAUCAUUUGACCAAAAUGAAAGUGAUGAACAAGAGGCAUAGUUCUUGAAACGGACAAUGAAAAUAAGUUCAGCUAUAUGUGCCUAAACAGUAGUUAUUAUGAUAUGUCUUGGUAACAUUGGAAUUUGCAUAAAAUCUACCCUUAAUGAGA